UUUCACGACGCGCCAUCGCUGUUGUUGCCACCGAAGUCGAGCCUUCUUCACUUGGCGAGGACGAGCGAUGGGCGUGGAUGGGGAUGCGGUUCAUGACACACUCAGCAAGGCGGAGAGGGCGGCUGUGGCAGCGACCGUGAACAUGAUACUCAUCAGGUGUCAAUUGCAGAGGACGGAGGGGAGGAUGAGAGCAGCCAUUCGCGCACACUGGAAGAAAACGCUGCAGUCCAUUCAUGUGGACGAAGAGGGCAGUGGUGCCAUUUGCGACGCUGUCCUUCAGGUGUGCUAUGCCAUGGGGUGUGGAGCGUUUCCCAGAGCGACACCAAGGUGGUGGAUGAAGCGUCCAAUAGGGGGGGGGUGGGAGGAUCUGCGGCAAUGCGACGACGCGACGGAAGACUACUUCAAGGACAAGCUGCGCAUGUCGCCACGGGUGUUCUGGGAGAUAGCGGAAACUCUAUCUCCCUUCCUUCAACGGCGUGUGACAUUUUAUAGGGAGCCCCUCCAGCCUGACCUCAUCGUAGCGUUCGCUUUGUACAGAUGGGCGUCGACGGAGACGUACAAGAGCGGGACGUGCAGCUUCGGCAUUGGCAGAAAGUCUGGGUUGGUGGCUGUGCAGGAUGUUACUUCGGCGUUGCAGAGUGCGUACAGCGACAAGAUAUCGUGGCCAACGGGGCUGCAAAAGGCGGUCGUCUUGCGCGCUUUCGCUGACAAGGGUUUACCCAACUGCCAUGGCUGCAUCGAUUGUACCCACAUCUUCAUCGACAAGCCAACCAAUUGCCCCGGAGAGGACUACUACGACAGAAAACGUCGUUUCUCCCUCUAGGCUCAGGUGGUCGUCGAUCUGAACUUGCGCGGGCUGGAUGUGUUCGUCGGAUACCCCGGGAGCUGCCACGACGUGA